AUGUUCACCCGACUCUAUCGACACUCACACGAGAUUCUUCGAUGGUUGGACUCGAAUCAGACAGCCGAGAAAGAGAAAUUCGAGCACAUGCAGAAGAAGUUGAAACAAUUGAGCAGUCCGAUCAUCACACGACUCUAUCAGGGAUCCGGCGGUUCUGGAGGAAGGCCAGGUGGUGCACCGGGUGCCCUGCGUGGAGGCGGACAAGGAGAAGGACAAUUGAAGAAAAUGACGGUGGCUGCUCUCCUCUACUACUCAUCACAUCUGCAAAAGGGAUUCCCGUUUCUGCCCGGAGAUCACGAAGCAAGACGACAGAAGAUCAUCGCAGCAGUCGGAAAACCAAGGGCAAUGUCUCGGAUUAGUAAACUUGAUCGCCUUCCGUUGGAUUUCCACGCCGGUUUGACGAGUCUUCAAUCGGUUGAAGAAGCUGCUCAAAAUGGGGAGGAUUCAAGGCACGACCUUGCUUCAAUUAUUCUAUUUCUAAACCGGUGCCUUGGCAUGAACGAUGGACAAAUCUCGUCUUUUUACACCAACGAAUUUCCGGAGCUAAAGAAAAACGUGGAAGCAAUGUUCAAGAAAAUCAUCGACUUUGUGGCUUUAUCAGAUGGCGAUCCUCAUCUUUUCCUCACAGCUUUUCCGGAGGAGAGAAGAAAUUGCCCAAAGCAAGCUGAUGUUGCGCCAAAGGAGGCGGUUCAAAGUUCACCAAUGACUUACGAGGACUUCGAAAUUCUAUCCGUUCUUGGCAAAGGAUCUUUCUCAAAGGUUGUUCAAGCUGAGCACAAAGAAACGAAGAAGCUGUACGCGAUCAAGAUCAUCAAAAGGAGCAAUUCAUUAAGAAAGAAGACCCUGCCU